AUGGAAAAUGAUAAGUUACUUGACAGUGAAGAUCAAACUGACAAUGACAUAGAGUUGGAGGAAAUAGAUGAUGAAGUCAUUGAUAUUUUAAAAGAUUUGAAGUUCAAGCGGAGUCCCCACUCAUUGAAUGAAUUGCAGGAAAAUUUGAACUUGAUUCGUGAUAGGAGAGCUAACUUAGGAGUUCUUAAGUACUUGAGGGAUAAGUACACUCCCAUGUAUGACAUAUUAUUGACGUUCAACCCUUCAGAUCCUGAUCGCCCGAAGGCGGCUGAUUUCGGUACCAUGCCUCUUGAAAAACAAUUGAAAACCUUGUUGGUGAAUGCUGCCCUCCAUAGCACUGAGGUUCUCCAGACUUAUAAGAAAGUUCAAAUAACUGAGUUGGCCCAAACCCUGACGUUCUAUGCAAUAGGUAAGAAAUUAGGACUUUCUGCAGAUGAUUGUGGGCCUGCGCUUGUUUUUUUCUUCUGGAUCGUAGUAAUUAUUUCGUUUGCUACAACCAUAGUGCUCAUGAGUAAAUAA